AUGUCUGGUGAAUCACCAGUUGUUACCGUACAAUGUUUAUCACUACGAGAAUAUUUUUCAGCAGCUAAUAUGAAAUCAAUAUUUCGUAGCUUUGUAUAUGAAUAUGAAACACCCAAAAUCGUUACUAUUCGUUCCAUUUCAAUUGCACUUAUGUGCCGUUUAAUUCAACUUUUAAUUUUAAUUUAUGGUGUUGCAUAUUUAAUGAUACAUAAGAAAGGUUAUCAAGAAACGGAUACAUCCAUUAUUUCAUCAAUUACAUUGAAAGUUAAAGGUAUUGGUUAUAAUCAAACAGGUCCAAAUCAAACAUUAGUUAUUGAUGGUGCAGACUAUAUUGUUCCACCACAAGAAAAUAAUGCAUUAUUUUUAAUGACAAAUUUUAUUCGAACUGAUCAAGAACAUAAACGAUGUGAAGAAUCAACUGAUGUAAAAAAAGCAGCUUGUGCAGAUGAUACUGAAUGUCAAGCAAAUAAAGAUUUUCAAAAAGCAAAUGGCAAAUGGACGGGUCGCUGUCUAAUAAAUAAAAAAUCUGAAAAAAAUAAUUCUCAACCAACAAUAGGUCGAUGUGAAUUAGAAGGUUGGUGUCCGGUGGAAAAUGAUCUUAAUAUUCCAAAACCUAUACGUGAUGCAUUAAAUUUUACUAUAUUUGUUAAAAAUUUUAUUGAAUUUCCACGUUUUAAAGUUAUUAGAAAAAAUAUUCAACAAAAUACAUCUUAUCUUAAAAAAUGUAAUUAUGAUCCGAUAAUGCAUAAAAUAUGUCCAAUAUUUCGUGUCGGAACUUUACUUAAUAUUGUUGAACCUGAUUCAGAUGAACAGCAACAUAUGUUAACGUCUGGUGGUGUUAUACGUGUUAAAAUUGAAUGGAAGUGUAAUUUAGAUAAAUCAGUAGAUUAUUGUGUGCCAGAAUAUUCAUUUAAACGUUUAGAUGGGCCAUAUAAAGAAGAAUCUUUUUCACCAGGAUUUAAUUUUCGUUUUGCUUCACAUUGGAAACAUAAUAAUCAAUCAUUUCGUACUUUAACUAAAGCAUUUGGUCUUCGUUUUAUUAUUUCUGUUAGUGGUGAUGCUGGUCGUUUUGAUGUCAUAACAUUAAGUUUAAAUAUUGGUUCAUUAAUAGGUAUACUUGGUUUAGCAACAUUUAUAUGUGAUAUUGUUGCAUUAUAUGUUCAUCGUCAAUCGGAUGUAUAUCGUCAACAAAAAUUUCAAGAUGUUGAUCUUAAUUUAUUACGUUUAGAAACUUUAAAUAGUUUAGCAGAAGGUAUGAUGAGUGAAGUAGCUAGACGUAAACAACAAGCUCGUUCUGAACAAGCUUUAUUAGCUGGUCAUGUUAUUGAAAAUAAUGAUGCAAUAUCAAUAAAUGAUAGUCCACAUAAAGAAAAAUUUCGACGAAAUAAAGAAAAUCAUCUUCAUAAUUUACAUGAUCAAUUAUCAUCAUCAUCGACAACAAUACAAAAAAAUCAAAGUUCAUCACCAAUAUUAUCAUCGGAUAAUUAUCAUCAACGUCGACUAUCUAAAUCAGAAUUAUUAACCGAUAGUUCAUUAUUACCAUCAGUAAAACAAAGACGUUCAACAACAACAACACGACCAACAAAAUUAACAGAUUUAUCCAAGGUUACUGAUGAACAAAUUGAAAUAAGUGAUAAAGUAAAUAUGAUUUUCGUUGAUGAAGAUUCUCCAAAUGCACUUGAAAACAAACAAGCAAACGAAGAAAUAUUGAAGUUAAAUAGGAAACCUAAUACAUCAACGACAAAUACAAAAGAACAUCCAAAGAGACCAUCACCAAAACUUGAAACAUAUUUAUAA